AUGUCCAAAAAUGUGUCAAAAAGUGCGUCAGAAUUGUUGUUGACUGCAAAUCUUUGUGCUGUUUUCAGAGAUGAAGUUCUGACGAUAGAAGACUUCAGAUGUAUUUCAGUGCUGGGCAGAGGUCACUUUGGAAAGGUGCUGCUGGCCGAAUAUAAGAAGUCGGGUAAACUGUUUGCCAUCAAAGCUCUGAAGAAAGGAGACAUCGUGACACGAGACGAAGUCGACAGCCUCAUGUGUGAGCGCAGGAUCUUUGAAGUGAUCAACGCCUCGCGUCAUCCCUUCCUGGUGAACCUGCACGGCUGCUUCCAGACCGCGGACCACGUGUGCUUCGUGAUGGCGUACUCUCCGGGAGGAGACCUCAUGACGCACAUUCACACCAGCAUCUUCACCGAGAAGCAGACGUUGUUUUACUCGUCGUGUGUGUUGCUGGGUCUGGAGUUCCUCCACCAGAACCGCAUCGUGUACAGGGAUCUGAAGCUGGAUAACCUGCUGAUGGACGCGGACGGUUACGUCAGGAUCGCAGACUUUGGUUUGUGUAAAGAAGGUAUGGACCACGGCGAUCGCACCUCCACGUUCUGUGGCACGCCGGAGUUUCUGGCUCCCGAGGUUCUGACGGACAACAACUACACGCGCAGCGUGGACUGGUGGGGGUUCGGCGUCCUCGUCUAUGAGAUGAUGGUGGGGGAGUCGCCUUUCCCGGGUGAAGAUGAAGAAGAGGUGUUCGACAGCAUCGUCAACGACGACGUGCGCUUCCCUCGCUUCCUUUCUCCUCAGUCCGUGUCUCUCAUUCAGAAGCUGCUGCAGAAGAAUCCGGAGACGAGGCUCGGAGGCGGGGAGGAGGACGCCACGGGAAUCAAGAGACAGAAGUUCUUCCAGGGGAUGAACUGGGACGCUCUGCUGGCCAAGAAGCUGAAGCCGCCGUUCCUGCCCGCCAUCAAGGCGCCGCAGGAUGUCAGCAACUUUGACGAGGAGUUCACCCGCCUGAAGCCGGUGCUCACGUUGCCACGGACACCGUGCGUCCUCACCGCCGAGCAACAGGAGAUCUUUGCUGACUUUGACUUCUCCUUCAUGAGAUGAUGACGAGUCGUCGUCUUUGUACCAGUUCCUGCUUUUAUUUAUCGCCCAUCCAACUGACAACACUGCCUCUUCCCUGGACCACGUCCUCGACGUCUCUGUGGCGUCUCCUGCUCACGCUGGCAACAAAACUCUACCUUUUUCUAUUUAAUUAUAUAAACCUUUUAUAUCCGUCUCAUGUUGAUGAACGUAUAACAAAUAGACGCAGUUGAAUCAAACCCAGCCUGUUUAAGUGUAAACACAACAUGAAGGAAAUAUGAAUGAAUAAAUGUGACCUCUGCUGGA